GGAAGCGCGCGCAGGGAGUAUCUCUUCUCCUACCACGGCGUACGCGUCUCGCAGACGGCGGAGAGGGGCGUUUGGACGUCGGGCCCCCAGAGCUGGUCCGUCCGCCGUCCGGCCGACUCGAGGUAUCGCAGAGCUGCGGAUUUCGCGCGAGCGACAGACCCAUAAACACGCACGCGUGUACACACAUUCGCGCGAGCGCGCGCGUGCACAUAUACCCACACGUACACACGUAUACGUACAUAUAUACACCCCCGCACCGUAUACGUAACACGCGUACCCUCGCGCGUCUCGCAUAUCACACGCACGUACACGCAUACGUAUACACCCGCACACGCACACGUAUACGGUGAAUCGGCGCACACGUGUAUUAUUGUAUACGGGCAAACAGUGCACGGCAGACAGACACCGUUUCGCCGUCGUGUUACUGUGUAAAUCGCGGUAGGACUCUGGCGCGCCUCGUACACAUACGCCGAGUGUACUUACCUGCGUCGUGACGUGCGGGCAGCCGCGAAUGCCGCCGGUCUCUCGCCGCCAUACUGUCGCGAGUCGUCAAACGAGCCGACACCGUCGAGCGAUAAUCGAAACAGCGCGAGUACCGGGUGUGCAGUGGUGAGCGAUCGCGAUUUGUGCGCGAAAAUUGUGACCAAGGACAGGAACACGAGACAACAACAACUGCUGCUUUCCUUCGAGCUGGGACAAAGGACAACCGUGGGACGUCGACAACAAUCGAUUCCCAAACUGUGACAAAGCCAACGACGCUCGUUUCGGAAACACAGUGUCUACGACAUUACGACUUUUCAAACGGAAACAUAGAAAGAGACAGGAGAGAGAGAGAGAGAGAGAGAGAGAGAAAAAAAAAAUACGCGCGGACCACGUGCGAGUCUCGGCGAGUAAACGUCGACGGCUGAGAGUGAGAGAAACAGUCGGCGUCUCUCUCCGAUAGUGCGCGGGACGACGGCUUCCAUCUCGAUUUCGUAGGUAAAGAGAUCGCGCGGUGGGGGAUGGGUUAGGGUACCGGAGCGAGCCUCUAUGGAUUACUGGCCGAGUUGACACGCUCACCGGCCGGCGGGCGAGAGUAACGUUCCUUUGGCGACGAUCCACGUAUGGAACGCAUCGGGAAGCGCGAGAAGCGCUUCGCGCGGGGAGGGUGCGGCUCCUCUAGAUAGUUAGUGUCGACGAGGAACGGUGGUUGUUGUGUUUUUUUCGACUUCGGACUGAGAGACAGAGAGAGAGAGAGAGCGAGAGAAAGAGAGAGACAUGCAGUGCACCGCGAUUCUCUCGACCUUGCGACGACGUCGUCCACAAGCGCCGUUGUAUCGUCGACGACGUCUGGACUGACCGCGUUGUCCGCUUGCUUUCCUGUCACUUUCCCGUGGGAGAGGAGAAAAGGAAGCGAGGAGGAGGAUCCACGAGGUCCGAUCCGCGCGAUCCCGACCGUCGGCGGACGACAACGCGACUGCUUCUUCUUCGUCGGAGCGCGAGGAGAGUGAACUGCGAUUCAACCGCAUCGGAGGGAUGUCACGGAGAAAGCAGGCCCGACCGAGCCGUGCCCAUCUCGAGGAGGAUCUUGUCCAGGGGCCUCUGCUGAUCAAUCCCGUUGGAACUGUCACGACCGAAAUCCGUGAAGAAAAUGACUUCAUAUCAGAUGGUGAGGAAAGCGGUGGUGGGGCAGGAGGUGAGGAAGCCGUGGAUCUCACCGCGGCGAGAUCUCAUCAGGGCGACGAGGACGAUAAGGAUGCCGACGAUCCGUUGGGCGAGGACGAAGAGGACGGCGGCGACGAGCAAGACGAGCAAUACGAGGACGAGGAGGGUUCGCGAAAACAGAUUCGCCAUCGACAGGACGCGGAAAACAACAAUAGUUUUGUCGGGAGUGGCUCAACCUCUGCUGGAAUAUUUCCACCUGCCGGAACUAGUCAUGUCACUCUCGAGGCCCUUCAAAAUACGAAAGUUGCGGUCGCGCAGUUUGCUGCCACCGCCCUCGCUGGUGGAGUCGAUAGCGACGCGGCAUUACAGGAUUUGGCCUUUCUACAAAGUACGCUGUAUAAUCUUCAGCAUCAACAGGUACUCCAGCUGCAGUUUAUCAGCCAGCUUCAGCAACAAUUAUCGAUCACUCAAAAGCAGCCGGUAGCGCAACCGUCAUCGAUAGAGCCGGCCGAUAGCAAGGAGGCUUCGUCAUCUCCCAUCAUCCAUCCGAAACCAUUGUCGAGUCUCACAUCACCACCUACUUCCCGGCCACCGAGUCACCAUCAUUCAUCACCAGCGCCACUGACGCCGAAUAUACUUCAAGAACGACCCACCUCGACGAGUAGUGCCUCUUCAUUGAAUCUACCUCUGUCUUCAUCCGGCACUACAUCGACUACCGCUACGACUACCAGUAGUCAAAUCUCGCUGUCGCAUCAAAUGCCGCCGCUUUGCUCGAUCAGCUCUUCUCUCGCCGCGUCGAUCAUAACGAACAACGAUCCACCGCCGCUUCACGAACCGAACACGCUGGAGAUGCUGCAAAAACGUGCUCAGGAGGUGUUGGACAACGCGAGUCAAGGUCUAUUGGCUAACAAUCUGGCCGAUGAGCUUGCGUUUAGAGGCAGUAAAGGCUCACGGCUCUCACCUUACGAUUCGAAAACGAGCGGCGGUCGAGGCGAGCCCUUCUUCAAGCAUCGAUGUCGCUUCUGUGGCAAGGUCUUCGGCAGCGAUUCAGCGCUACAGAUCCACAUACGAUCCCAUACAGGUGAGCGACCCUUUAAGUGCAACGUCUGCGGCAGCCGAUUCACCACCAAGGGCAACCUGAAGGUCCACUUUCAGAGGCAUACGGCCAAGUUUCCACACGUAAAGAUGAAUCCGAAUCCCGUUCCAGAACAUCUAGACAAAUACCAUCCGCCCCUCUUGCAACAAAUUGCUUCCGGGCAACGGCCGAUAUCCCCGCCGCCGCCGCCUCUCUCCAUUCAUCAUCCCUCGUGUCAUCCGGCACGUAGGGAGCACAGUUUCCUACCACCACAGCCGCCUUUACCUCUCAGUCUCACUUCGCCUGGCAUGAUCCUUUGCCGAUUACCGGUUAUUAAUCACCGGGACGAUCAGGAUGUGCCGGAAAACCUUAGUAAACCCGUAACCGCUGCCCCGCCAAUGUCUCCUACUUCCCCCGCUGCUAUAUCGAACUCUCAUCAUUCCUUUCACGACAAUCAUCAACAACAACAACAACAACAACAAAAGCAACAACUCGAGCAGAGAGAGGAGAUAAAACUCGAGCAAAGAUCGCCUGGACAGGACCAGUAUCAGCACCGACCGAUGAGCCAGGAAGACACUGGACGCAUAACCCCGAAGAGAGAGCCCGAAGAGACGGACGAACCUGUGGAAACGGAAGACUGUGAGGAUUUUGAAGAGACUACGAGGCGAUCUCUAAAUUCACCUUCAUCCUUGGUGAACCCGUCGUUUCAGCCGCAAACAUAUGAGGAUUGUAGUAUGGAUAGCAAGAUCAGUGGACGGCUAGAGGGCGAUGGGGAAAUGGAAAUAGAUGAAGAAACAGAAGAGCAACCGGAGAACCUCUCCGGUAAGGGUACGAUCAAUCGUUUGCCCCAACAGAUGAUGGCAUAUCCCGGAGCAUCUCCAGCUAGUAGUAGCGCGAGUAGCGGUAGUCUUCAGACGUCCUUUGCCGGGAUUCUAUUCCCAAGCGCCCCGGCUCAUCAUCAAAUACCUCCUCAUCUUUCGGUGGUUUCUACAGCUGCGCAGACGCCGACCGUCUCCGCAAACGAGAUGAUCGAUCCGGCUAAAGAUCCAGCGAUUUAUUCCAGCUUGUUACCGCGGCCAGGUAGCAACGAUAAUUCCUGGGAAAGCCUGAUUGAGAUAACGAAAACUUCGGAGACAUCUAAAUUGCAGCAACUAGUCGACAAUAUCGAGCACAAACUGAGCGAUCCUAAUCAGUGCAUCGUUUGUCAUAGAGUACUCUCGUGCAAAAGUGCGUUAUUAAUGCAUUAUCGCACUCAUACAGGGGAACGUCCAUUCAAGUGCAAGAUCUGUGGUCGCGCAUUUACCACAAAGGGUAAUUUAAAAACUCACAUGGGAGUGCAUAGGGCUAAGCCACCGCUAAGAGUGUUACAUCAGUGCCCGGUAUGUCACAAGAAGUUCACGAACGCUCUCGUACUUCAGCAGCAUAUACGCCUUCACACCGGCGAACCUACCGAUCUCAGUCCAGAGCAAAUUCAAGCCGCAGAAGUAAAUGAGUUUCCGGGUUGUUAUCCUCAACCUCAGCUUUCCUUUUUUCCGCAAGGAUUUGCACCAAUGCAUCCGACCAGUGCUAGCUUUACCUUAGGAUUCCCUGGAUCUAGGCAGCCGACUAUUGAGCAACAAUCGCACGAAAAUGACGUCGAUUUGAAGGACGAAUCUCAGCAACAAAGGCAAAGAUUUAUGGAAGAGCAUAGCGAGGAGAUGGAAGAUCAGGAUGACGAGGAGCAGGAUCGCAGAGAAGACGACGAUAGGUGUGAGAUGAAUCGCGAUAGACAUAGUGUCGAGAUUGAGAAAGAGCAAGAGCAUGAAAACGAGGAGACCGAACAUAGAGACAUGAUACUUCCCAUGUUUUCAACUUCUUUGGCGGCUCUCGAAAACCAAGUAAAGACCAUCACGACGACGAUCGCGACGACCACGAUUGCGAAUGCAGCCAGAUCGCCGCCGUCCUUUCACCGAUACAAUGGUAGCGAAAAAAGCGACAGCUCGCCCAUGUCCGGUGCCCCGCUUGAUUUGACACCUCGCGCUUCGUCCACUCCGGCGUCGGUGGCUUCCACGUCGCCGACACCGCCGCCGCUGCCGCCACCGUCCCAGACUGCACCGACGCAUCAUCCGUCGCAUCCCUUCAGCAUGUUUGCUGGAUUGUUGCAAGCAGUCUCGUCCGCACCCACUACCAGCACGCCAGGCACGUCCAACAUAAAUAGCGUCACGUCGAUGAGUGCGGUCAACCCGGGAAGCGCUCCCGGCAGUGGACCUCUAGCCUCGCUAACCACCUCAGCUGUAUUAGCCGCAUCAUCGACUUACAAUCCACUCGGUCUAGCUGUCGGAGGGCCAGCAGUACGUGGCAACACCACUUGCAAAUUCUGCUACAAGACGUUCGCAUGCCAAUCCGCGUUGGAGAUACAUUAUCGGAGUCAUACGAAGGAACGACCUUUCAAAUGCACUAUAUGCGACCGAGGUUUUUCCACAAAGAACGACGAUUCCGGUCAGCAAGUAUGUUCCUGCGCGGACCAACCCUUCGCCGCGAAGGGUCCAAUCCCCCCACAACCCAAUCCCCAAUACCGCUCGUACCCGGCGAGACCGGCCGCCGGAAAUCGUGAGAAACCGAAACGCAGGCGGCGGCGGCCUGAGGAACGGAAGAACCGGGGGCGGACAGGAGCAGGAGGGGGGCGAAGGCUGACGUCUGUUUAUCCUGCCGUCCGCCUGCCCCCGCUGAUGCCACCCGCCCUCGGACUUCUACCCUCGGACCACGUCUUCCUGGGUAAUAUGAAGCAGCACAUGUUGACUCAUAAGAUUCGCGAUAUGCCGCCGCAUCUAUUCGGCGAUGCAAAGCAACAGCAGCAGCAGCAGCAGCAAUCACAGCAGCAACAGCAGCAGCAACAACAGCAGCAACAGCAAUGUCAGGAUCAUGAAACUUCCAGGAGCCCAAUGUGCACCGAUGAUUCGAGCCUGCCACCCCCGCCUCCACCGCCGCCACCGCCUCCUCCGAUGCCACCUACGUCAAUCGAGUCUGCGAUACCAAUAAAGAGAUCUCCGCCGGAAGGAGAUUUACCGGCGCCAAAGAGACCAGCCAGCAUGCCGAGCAAGCACUUGUGCCAGAUUUGCAAUAAGAAUUUCUCUUCGUCUUCGGCGCUCCAGAUCCAUAUGAGAACCCACACUGGCGACAAACCGUUCCGAUGCACCGUCUGUCAGAAGGCGUUCACCACCAAAGGCAAUCUUAAGGUACACAUGGGCACCCAUAUGUUCACCAACGGAACGUCACGUCGAGGUCGACGAAUGUCAUUGGAUCUACCUCCUCUGCCAAUCACGCCCAAGGACUCGGAAUUUCUGCAACGACGACCGGACCUUUUUUACCCAUAUCUUCCCGCACCAUUCCUUAACGGCGUCCAGCAGAAGCUGAACGAGAUCUCGGUGAUUCAAAGUAACAACGGAUUGCCUCCUCAUUCCUUGGGCGCGGGCAAAUACGCGGCGAGUCUAUUCGGCUCGGUGUACGGGGCCGGCGGGGGCGGUUUUCCCUUGGAUAAGCAACCGAUGGCGCCAACCAGUAACGGACCUCUGGUGGACGGCAAAUCCGCUAUUCCAUCCGGUUCCAUGCUCUUCCAAACGCCAUCGCCCACGCAUUCGCCCGGCGCGCCAUCGUCCAAUGGCGGUAAUCAAAACUCGAUUAACGUGCCGUCCUGGACGACUGGCGACGCUCUUCAGCAUCACUUCGAUCGAGAGACACCAAGCAGAAGCGAGAACGACGCCACGCCGCCCACCGCUGCACGUCUACCACCGCCACCGACGAGGGGAGAGGGAUUAGCCGCGUGAAACUUAACGAAUACAUAUCUUCCCAUCUAGUUAUACGAAGGAAGACGCGACCGGUUACUCACGGUGGCCGAAUCUCCGCCGAGUAAUAAGAGGCUGAGCGCAUAACUCCGAUUAGCGAGAGAAUUUUUCCAGACUGAAUCAAUUUAGAGAACAAAGAAGAUUCUUCGCGCGGUGAGCGAAUGACGUGCAAACUGCGAGCAAUCUUGGACUCCGUCCCUCCGUCCCAAUCGGCGAAAGUUUCCCGUCGACUUAUAUCGCGGUUGCGAAAAAUGAAAGGGGCUCGUCCGGAACAGAAGUAGCGGUUUCCGGUCUUGCGAUAGUGAUCCCCGGCGAAUCCCGAUCAGGAGGGGUCACAUUGCGACGCGACUAUCUUUUCUAUAUGGUGUUUCCGUGCAUUUCAAAACGGAGGACAAUCUUCUAAGGACUGAGAUAAUCCACUUACUUGAUAUUUCCCCACGUACGCGAAUAACGACAUAUCCCUUCGCCCCUCUCUUCAUCAUCUCACUUGUUCCGAUAGUGGUCUUAGUAUCUACAAACGAAGACACCAUGUUCCUAUUAUCGCGCUAGUCUUAAUGCAUAAAGCGGGGGUCGAUAGGUGAAUCAGAUCGAUAUGGCUUCCGAGUAGGCUAUGACAUCGAGAAUUUCUCACCUCGAUUCGGAAACUCUCGAUUCGCGUGACUCAAUCGCGUCAUCGCGUUCAUCAUCGUUUAUUAAAGUCGAAAUGUCACAUCGCCUGCCAGCUAUUGGCGCGGGCCGAUGAAGGUUUAAAUAUUAUGUUCCACGCGCAUAUGCGAUCGAGCCACGUUAGUGUACGUACGUAUGUAACAUGUACGAUUCUGGACGUCGAAUCCCUUUGUACGGGGGAUUCGGGGGAAUCCCGGCGCUAGACACGGCGCCUAGACUGAGCUCGGCUCGCGAGAAAGGCGAGCAUUAGCGUAUUGGAGCCGCAAGACACGUGGCGUCGCGUCUUAACGGGUCUCCCCGACACAAUUUGACCGUCCAUUCGCGAUAGCGGUGGUCACCUCUUUCCGGGUCAUCUAAGGCUACGUUAUAAAUAUAUACAUAUACAUAAAAAUUAUAUAUAUUAUAAAUACAAUAUAAAUAAUUAUAUAUAUGCAUAUAUAUAUAUGUAUACAUAAACGAAAUAUUAUAUUGGUAUGACAGAGGGAGUGUGAAUUGAUUGUGCGAAUUAUAUACAUGCGUGAUUGUAUAUGUGUUGCUUCCGUUUGUUUACCGUGUGUGUUUGAUAGAAACGAGAAAUUGGAACACAGAACAAAUGCGAAAACGGUAGGACAUAGAUGUAAUUUAGGAGGCGGGCCCGGCAGCGCCCCUCGCUGUGAUAUGAGAGGAGCAGCCUGCAAUCACUAAACCAAUGUACUUAUAUCUUGUAUCAUAUAGUAUUAUAAUAAUGAUAAUAUAAAUUUAUUAUACGUUUACACACACACACGCGCAUGAACGGACGCAGGAGGUACGACAUGCGAUGUGUUGCUGCAAGUGUCUGCGAGCGCCUCGAGAGCCAAGUGUGACUAAUUAAUAACACCUAGUACUAUUACUAAUUAGAUGUCCAUCCUUCAUUGUACGUCAUCGGCGAUGUUUGCGUUGUCGUUGUAAAUAUUGUACCGUGCAUCGCCCGUAAUAUUUAUAAAACGUCUAUAUAACGUUAUUCAUUUUUACGAAGAAAAAAAGAGAAAAUCGCAAUUGGUCGUGGCGUCAAACGCAAAUGCUUUUUAAAACCUGCGGAAACUUUCAAAAAAACUCGGUUA